AUGAACACCCCAAAUAUACGAGGGGAUAAAUUAGCUUGCCUAUACAUCACAUUAGUUCCAAAUGAAGCACCAAAUAUUACAUCCGCAUAUCCUAAAAGCUCUACGUCAAUAAGAAUYAGAUGGACGACAAUCUCGAAAAUCAAUCUCAAUGGCGGUGCUCUGGAGGGAUAUGUGAUUUUCUACAAGGAAACUAAUGCCAAAUUUAGUMAAAACAUUCAACAAAAAAUCCCAUCUGAUGAAACAGYAGCAACAAUACAUGGGUUGAAGAAAUACACGCCAUAUACAUUYCGUGUCCUUGCUUACACCGCAAGAGGGAAYGGAAUAGCUAGCCAGCCUGUAGUUGUAACAACUGAUGAAGACAUACCAAGUCUUCCUCCAUCAAAUUUUCAAGCCAAGCCUUUCUCAUCGACGUCAGUCAUGGUAUCAUGGGAUAGCAUACCRCUCAGCAACAUCCAUGGCAUCUUAAUCUCUUAUACAGUGUAUUAUAGGACUCUUGAUCAGAACUUUUUCACUAAAGCCACAUUCAGUCCCAGACAGAAAGUAACAGAUCUCAAGGGUCUUCACAAAUUUACAUAUUAUCUGAUGUGUGUAUCGGGAUGUACGUCUAAGGGUUGUGGUGAUCAGAGUCCUAUCAGACAAGUCCGAACAAUGGAAGAUGUGCCCUCCAAGCCACCUCAAAACCUAAUUGUAAAGACGCUAUCAUCAGUUACCAAACUUCCAGCUAAGUGGGCCCCAGUGCCUUACGGUCAUGUCAAUGGUAUUUUGCUUGGUUACGUAUUGAGAUAUACACUGGUGGAAUGGAAGGGUGAUGUUGUUGAAAACCGGGAAGAAAAAGAGAAAUUAUUGGGACCCAACCACUAUUCCACGACAUUGGAGGGUUUAUUUGUUGACGGUGCCUAUAAAGUGAGAAUUGCCGCAUUUACGGCUAAAGGGACAGGGACAUUCAGUGUCUUUGAUUACGGCGAAACGUGCAGAUGUCCCAAAGAACUGCACACYAAUUAYUUUGUCCGCCCUCCUUACACACGAAAGCAGUCUGAAGGCAUUGGGGGUCUCUUUCCAGAAAUUGUCUUCAACAUGGCUGAAUGGGCGUGYGGUAAYUGCAUUAAUGGYCACGGUAGAACUAUUAUAAACACAAAGGACAAUGGAAAAGGAGGGYCGGCCAUGAAACUGGGAUAUGAAGCAAUGCAGUACGAUAUAGAUGAUGUCCCAGAAAUAAGUUUUCCAGUACCUGGAAACAAGUAUAUGACUAGCUACAUGGGACUUUAUAGCUACUUCUAUCUGGUUGAGUCCCCUGGGAUUGCAUUCAUAACGGUAUCAGAUCCUCCCAUAUCUAUGUCUUACCUCGUUAUGCAGUCGAUUGUGGAUUGUUUUCCGAUGUUGUUUAUCGCUGUGUGCCUGGCAUACAUCACGGGCAUAGGGAUGUGGAUUAUUGAAAUGAGAUCCAACCCUGAUCAAUUCCCAGCACAGUUCACUAAAGGAGCCAUGAGUGGGUUCUGGUGGUCAUUCAUAACCAUGUCUACAGUUGGGUAUGGAGAUCGUGCCCCUGUAACAAUAAUAGGGAGGUUAUUCGCAAUAAGUUGGACACUUGGUGGACUUGUUGUUAUCUCGAUUGUUAUCGGAUCGAUAAGCAGUGCAUUAUCAACCGUAUCACUGGACAAUUAUAUUCCACUAUAUGGAACAAAGAUAGCUGCAUUUCACAAGUCUCCUGAACACCGGUAUGGAGUCAAAAAGAGCGCAAUAAUGAAUUCAGAGAGAAAAUAUUUAAGUAUAGAGGAAAUCAAACAAGACUUACAAGACCGUAAAAUCAAAGGAACACUUCUAGACACUUAUGUUGCAGCAGAGAAAAUAGAUGAUUUGCUGACUAAAGAUAUUCAAGUUAACAGAUUGCUCGAUACAUCGUUUGGWUAUGGUGUUGUGCUGUCUGGAAAAGCAAUCCAUCUGGAAAAUCGCUGUAAAGAUUACCUGCAAGAGAAUCGUCGACAGAUAACCCGUUUWAUAGAAAUGAAUACGAAAGAAAUUCAGGGACCUGCAGAGCCACCAUCAGUACAGAAGAGCUCUGGAUUGUUUGAUAUCAAUUCACCAUUACUACACUACGGCUUUAUGGCAAGUGGUGCAGGCCUUGUGUUAGCUAUUAUUGCAGGACUUGUUUGGCAAUAUUCAUGGAACAAGAAAUCCCUGACAUCAGCAGAUAAAUACGCAAUUAAAGAAAGAGAAUCAAUAAUCCACGAAUUUACAUCRGUGUUCAGAGAAUUCCAAGAAAAUAUGAAUGAUCUUAAUGCCAAAAGAAGACGCAUAUUAUUUAAGAUACCUAGGACAAAGAGAAAACUAUCAACAAAUUUUAAAUUCAAACUGCCAUUUCGGGCAGAACAGUCUGAUGAAUAUAGCUUUAACGAGAGUCUUCAUACAUCUCCACGAAAGGAAAAUUUCCUUUCCUCAAUUUAAUUGAAUGCUAAACGACGUCAUGAAAAAAAAGCCAUUAAAUACAAUAACUGUAAUACACAGAGCAGAUUUCGUAUGACUGUGCAAAAAAUACGGUACGCUCGUGCUGUGUCCGUACCGUGCCGUAGCCGUGAUGCAUUGGAAAAACCUUUACUUUCUUUUGAAAUCCUAKAAGGCGAGGUUCCGUSACCGUGCCGUGUCGUGUCCGUGUUGUGAUCCGUGCUUUUGCACAGUCAUACGAAAUCCGCUCUAUAGUCAACGUCAGUUAAGAGCCUGGAGAGCAAUAAUGGAUGUUUUAAGUAAUUAAAUUUUUUCUGUUUUUGUAAGGUAUAUUGAAGGGAUGCAAAAGGAUUCUAAUCUUAUAAUUGACCUCAUUUCAAGCCAACUUUUUUUUCCAAACCAAACUCUUUUAUCUCAACAAAUCGAGCAAUGCAUGCUAGUUAUAGUCCUUUAAUAAAAUAUUUAAUUUUUAUUAUAAUUUUGUUAGAGUAAAAGAAGUAAAGUCAUGAUAUAGUUGACCACUGGUGAAAAUUCCACUAGUAAUUACUUUUUAUUGCCAAAUUGAAUCUAUUCAGGGCACUAUUUGGUGCUUUUAAA